AGUUUCCGCAGUGACGGCGCCACUCGGGUCCAGCGUCUCAGACCUUGUGUCCUUAAACUCGAAGUCCAAACAACCCUACGGUCAUGGCAUCUCAAGUGCCAGGGCUUUCAGCUCUGACUAAACCGGGGUUAAUACCGGGUUUUAAGGUUUCUAAAGAUCAUCUGACCACCAUCGUUCCCGUUGCAGUGGCCGCGGCUCUGAGCACCUACCUGUUGACACGCUACUUCAGUUCGCAGAGCAGCCCCAAGAGCAGGGUCAACAUGUCAAUCAACAAAGACAGCCCCAAAGUAGUGCACAGCUUCGACAUGGAGGACAUCGGCGACAAGGCCGUCUACUGCCGCUGCUGGAGGUCCAAGAAGUUUCCCUACUGUGACGGCGCGCACACCAAACACAAUGAGGAAACUGGUGAUAAUGUUGGACCUCUUAUCAUUAAGAAGAAAACCCCCUAAAUACUCAGUUUGCAUCCGUGUUUUCCACCCACUGGAGGUGAGAGAAACUGGAUGAGGACUUAACAUCACAAUUACUGUAAUUCUCAA